AUGGACCGCAAGUCUGAUAUUGAAGAUCAGGUCAAGCAUGAUGUUGAACACAUCGACCAUCUCACGCCACAAGACUUUACUCGAAAUGCCAAUGCCAAAAUUCGUAAUCCUCUCGCUGGCAUAUCUCGAGCUGACCUGAGAACGCAAGUCAAUGCCUUCUGCGAAGACUACGACUUCCAGGACAAAAUAGACGUCUUCUACCGGGGUGCACUCGCAGCUCAAAACCUUACUAGUUACGAGAAUAUCGAAGAGCUUACUGACGAGGACAAACGCGUGCUGCAAAGGGAAGUGACUCAUAAGUGGCAUCUUCCUCGUACUCUCUACUACGGCAUUGCUCUUUGCUCUCUUGGAUCUGCCGUUCAAGGCCGGGACAACACUGGGGCAAACGGAGCUAACCUAUCGUUCCCGCAAGAAUUCGGCAUUGAGCAUAGAACCACUCUUAUUGGUGUCAUCAACUCUGGGCCCACGCUCUUCGGUCUGUUGAGUGCUUGGGCAGCUGAUCCUAUCAACAACCGCAUUGGCCGUCGAGGCGCCAUUUUCUUGACCGGCCUCUUCUGUAUCUUUCCGGUACUUGCUCAAGCGUUUACCCAGAACUGGUGGGGACUCUUGAUCUGUCGUCUUUUUAUGGGCUUGGGAAUGGGUAUCAAGAUCUCAACCAUUCCCGUUUACUCCGCCGAGAUUGCCCCAGCUUCCAUCAGAGGCGGCAUUGUCACCAGCUUUCAGCUAUGGGUUGCUUUCGGCAUUUUUGUAGGAUUCUGCUCGAACCUCAUCUGGUAUCGUAUCGGAGACCUUGCUUGGCGGUUCCAGCUUGCAGCUGCGUUUGUCCCAGCUAUUCCGGUAGUUAUCUUUGUUUGGUUCUGCCCUGAAUCCCCUCGGUGGCUUAUCAAGAAGGGCCGUUACCAAGACUCUUUCAAAGUGUUCCGCCGUAUCCGCAACACAGAGAUGCUAGCAGCCCGAGACUUGUACUAUGCUCAUCGACAGAUCCUUGAAGAGAAAGAUGCCUUUGGUGGGAAGACCCUCGCACGUCGUAUGUGGGAACUCAUCAGCGUCCCUCGCCUCCGCCGAGCUACAGUGGCGUCGUCAUGGAUCGUCAUCUCGCAGCAAUUUUCCGGAAUCAACAUCAUGGCAUUUUACUCGUCCACCAUCUUUGCUGCUGCCAACUACUCCACAAGGGACUGUCUUCUUGCUUCUAUGGGAUAUGGUCUUGUCAUGUUUAUUUUUGCCUUCCCUGCUGUUUAUAUGGUUGACACCUUUGGCCGCCGAAAUCUGCUACUAGUUACCUUCCCCAACAUGGCAUGGUGUUUGCUGGCGGCAGGGUUCAGUUUUCAGAUUGGCAAAGACUCUAGUGCCAGAGUUCCGCUUAUCGCUUUCUUCAUUUACCUCUUCACUGCCAUGUAUGGACCUGGCAUUGGACCGCUACCUUCUAUAUAUUUCUCCGAAGCCUUUCCACUGUCGCAUAGAGAGAUUGGCUCCGCCUUCACCAUCUGUGUCAACAACGCGGUUGGCAGUGCAUUGACCUUAACAUUCCCGUCCCUUCUUGAUCGUCUUGGGCCGACCGGGGCUUUCGGCUUCUACGCAGGCCUCAACGUUGUAGCCUUUAUCGUGAAUUCCUGA